UCUUCUUCUUCCUUUCACCUCUGCUAGGAUUCGCCAUAGAUAUCUGUGCAAGCGUGAUCUUCCAGACACAUUACCCCUACCCUCCCUCACUGCCCUUCCUACUUUCUCUGCUGCAAGGUGGUCUCUGUCAUGUUUGAAAGUUGUAGCUUUCAGCGUGUGGUUGAUUGACAUCCAGUUUCUGCUCUACCCUCGACUUCAUUCAUGGUUUGUUGAGGUGUCUUUCCACAUCUGGAAAUCUUGGCUGGAAAUCUUUUUGGGUAUUUGUUUCAACUUCCCCCAAGGUUUUCACGCUUGGAGUUUGAAGCAUCCAACUGAUCAAAUUGCUAUAGGUUGGAAACAGUGGAGUAAACCUUAUUUAUUGAGGCUAUAGUUGGAACAGCUCAAUGGAUAUAUAUAUCGGGCACAAUUCGAACGUUCUGAUUAAAGGUGUAACAAAUGAAAGUUAGUUGCUGGUUUCGGACAAAUGGGGCUUCACUCGAAAUUUGCAUUUUUUUGCAUCAUUAAUGCAAUCUGGAUUCAGAACUGUCUUUGUGAUGAGCUUGCAGUGAAGUCCAAGGCAGACAACUGGACAUGCAUCUGUUCUGUUGUGCACCAUGCGGACUCGAACUUCAUUUCUACAAACUGCUCUUCAUCCUGUGAUUGCAGCCCGGCUGCAGGAGGAUCCACUGAGGACAGGUGGUCAUGCGUUUGCUCCAGCGGCGAAUUGCCGAGACUAGUCAGUGACAACAGUAAAAAUAGCUGUUUUACUGCAUGCAACUGUGAUGCUGGGGCAUUAUCUGAAUUAAGGACUUCGAAGAAGCAUAUCGGGAGCAAGCUUGUUUUGAUAGUUCUCUUACUGUGCAUCUUCCUCACAGCAAUUGCAAUAAUUGGUUCAGUGAUGUGGUACUUAUAUCGAAAGGAAAAAAGCUCGGUUUUAUGGACUUUAUCCCCUUCGGAGCGACUAACAAGUUGUAGCAGUGCGACCAACUUGACGAGCCGAGCAGGUUCGUCUGUGUCUGUUUACAAAGGACAUGUGGAUAGCUCGUUCUCGCCAUUUUUAGGAUGCAUUCCCAAGACUAACUUUUUAUUCAGAGACGGCAAACGAACAAUACAUGGAACAUUAAUACAAUUCUCGUAUCUCGAACUGGAAAGUGCGACGAGCAGAUUUUCCGAUACUAACAUAAUUGGAGUUGGCGGAAGCAGCCAUGUUUACUGUGGCAAUCUCAGAGAUGGUAGAGUCGUCGCGAUCAAGAGAAUGAGAACUCAAAGCGGCCCCGAUGCAGAGCACGUUUUCUUGACGGAGAUAGAAUUGAUAUCAAGACUUCAUCACUGUCACGUCGUGCCGUUGCUUGGAUACUGCUCGGAACACCAAGGAAAACACGCCGAGAGGCUGCUGGUGUUCGAAUACAUUCCCAACGGUAAUCUCAGGGAAUGCCUCGACAGGGACACCGGCCAAUGCUUGAGCUGGAAUACUCGGAUUUCCGUAGCUCUUGGAGCUGCACGUGGCUUGGAAUAUCUACACGAUGCUGCUGCGCCGCGAAUACUGCACAGAGACGUAAAAUCAACAAACAUUCUUCUGGACGAGAACUGGAGAGCCAAGAUUACCGAUUUGGGGAUGGCUAAACACCUACACAACGACGGGAUUCUCAGCUGUUCGAGCUCUCCGGCUAGAAUGCAAGGGACGUUUGGUUACUUCGCGCCCGAAUACGCGAUUAUUGGUCGAGCUUCUUUGAAAUCCGAUGUUUUCAGUUUCGGCGUGGUUCUUCUUGAACUGAUCACGGGUCGAAAUCCCAUCCAAAAGUCGUCGAAUAAAGGGGAAGAAAGCCUUGUGAUUUGGGCGCAACCUCUUUUGCACGAUAGUAAGCGAGUGAUUUCCGAGCUACCCGACCCUCGACUCGAAGGAAGAUUCCAAGAAGAGGAGAUGCAAGUUAUGGCGUACUUAGCGAAGGAGUGCUUGUUAUUGGAUCCCGACUCUCGACCUAGCAUGAGCGAGGUAGUCCAAAUUCUUUCGACAAUUGCGCCGGACAAAUCUAAACGGAAGAAUUUGUCGAUGCACGCCUUUCAGCGUCAUUCUUCGUCGUCAUCCUACGGAGGCAUGAAUCCGGUGGCAAGUGACGACGAGUAUUGCGACAGCUCUGUGUCGGAGGAAAUCAAGCAAAUUACGUCGGAAAUUCCAGUUGGAGGCUCGAUUCCUGCCAAUGCCAUUGCCGGGGCCAUUCCCUGUGACGAGAAGGGGAAAGAAGCCGAUGGUUUGUCAUCGGCUAGCGUCGAAAAUCUGACGCUCCUGACGUCGAAAUCUCGAAGCUGCCGGGUGGAAGACGAUGUUGUAGUAGAUUUGACGGAGCCGAGGUUCGAGUCCUUCUGUUUAUCGCACGCGGACUGAUACGACGAAGGAUGACCGAUACGGGCGACGACGAGCAAGAAGCCAUAGGCAGAAAGAUAGGUUAUAUAUAUAUAUAUAUGUAUGUAGUAGAAAAAUCAAAGAACGAUGGAUGAGAGAAUGCAUAUUUAUUUAUCUUUUUGAUGAGUUAAGUUUUUCAUUCCUUUGCAUGUUUUCUAAUGUCGGGGAAAUUGUUCGAUAUUAGCCUUUGCUCGUUGGUUUCAUUUAUUAGGGCGUGUAUAAGGGCUUGAGUUUCAAAUUUUGCUUCGGU